UCUUAAUUGUAAUAUUCUUCUAGUAAAGUUCUUAGAUUGAUGCAUUGGUACAGUAUCGAAAACGCGUUUGGAGUUAACGAUUUUUCAGUUACCUGCACACAGAGUAUGGAGAUCCUGUACAAAAUAUAAAAGGCUGGGGGAGAUCACCCAUUUUAUGAGGCAUCAUAUUGAUAUGGUGAUACUUUAAUACAGCCAAGUAAUAAGACAAGCAAAUGACGGAAAAAUCAUCUAUAUAUCCAGCAUUGGAGGAAGUAAAACAGCAACUUGCACCUAAACAGUUGGAAAUCUUAAAGAAUCAAGUUGAAUCGGAAAAGCCUAAUGUAUCAUCGCAAACGCUAUUUAAUUAUGCAUGGGGAUUAAUUAAAUCUAAUCAUUAUAAGGAUCAAAAGGAAGGAGUACAUAUAUUGACUAAUGUAUUUCGUGAUGAUCCAUCACUUAGAAGAGAAUGUUUAUAUUAUUUAAGUUUAGGUUCAUAUAAAAUUGGGGAUUAUUCUAAUGCAAAGAGAUAUGUAGAAACAUUAUUAGAUGGUGAACCUGAUAAUUCUCAAGCUAAAACUUUAAAAGAAACCAUUGAUGAUAGAAUCACAACUGAAGGAUUAAUUGGAAUUGGAAUUGUUGGUGGAGCUUUGGCUAUUGGUAUAGGUUUAAUUGGAGCUUUGGUUAGAAAGAAGAGGUAAUAAUAAUAUUAUUAAAUAAUGUUAAGUAUGUCAAUAUAGAUUAAAUAUUUAUUUACGAGCUUUUUGAAAAACUUUUUGAAUGCUAUGUAAUUUUUUUUUUA